UCGUGAUACUUAUUUAUUCCUCUUUAUUUCUAACCAUACACAGCAAACUGGCUGCUUUUAAGACACUGCCAAUGGCCUGAUACUGGAACGGUUAGUUAGGCCGUCAUCAAAAAUAUGUUGUGCUCGCGUCCUCCGACCGACUCACUUUUGGUAAUAAAAACCCGAGUCGGUAAGUCGGAAAAAGGGUGGCGAAAAAAGGUCUACAAUUGAUAUCGAGUGGCGCUAUACUGUCUUGGCCCUGGGAAUGAAUUUGCUUGCUCUGAUCUGAAAAUCUCGGGAAAAAAUACGCCUGACUGCCACAAGGGUGCAGAUAAGCCGCAAAGUGCGGGCGUUUUCGGGCGAGUUCGGUGUUUUGAAAAAGAUUCAAGUAUUCGCCUGAAGAAACCCGCAUAGGCCCGAAAAAAACAAAAAAAAACAAAAAAAACAAAAAAAAACAGACACUAAUAUGAUUAAAAACACUAUAAGAAUUAAAAUAAACUUACCGUGUGGUAGCGAAGUUCUAAAAAGAAUUGUUUUUGAUGGUUUUUAGUUUACUUUAUAAAUAACUUAUAUAUAAACUUUAUUAACUCCUUUCUCUUCAAGCGCCUUCUUCCCAAUUAUCGUCCGUUACAAGGAAUUGCAUUUCGGGAAUGUUCUGGGCGAGUUCGGGAAAGUGCGGGCGGUUUUGGGGGACAACCACCAAUUUUAUUUCCCAAUCUUCUGCGCAAGCAGAGUAUGAGAGCGAAGCUCGAUAACCCAAAAUCCUCAGCAGUUCAUUUCCCAAAUCUUACUGAAGGUGAAGGACGUGUGCGAUUUGUUGGUGUUUGCGAUUGGUAAACUUCAGCUAUGCUAAUCCGUUUUUAAUUCUUUUUCUAUAGCUAGCUAUAUUUUAUUAUUUUUCCAUAAGUAGUAGAGAAUUAUAUUUAUUCCUUCUCGUAUAUAAUUUUAUUUAUUUACUUACUGCUAUAGAUCUAAAAUUUAUGGUGAGCUGCAAUCAAAAUGGCAGACACCUCAGCCCCAAAAGAAGGUGGUGAACCCAUAGUGUUAGAAACUCCAAUGGAUUUUUUAACUAAGCUCCUUCCAGCCAUGCAACAACAGCAGCUGGAAGCAAUCACAGCCCUAGGAGAAAAAUUUUCUACUUCCUUGAACAGCCUCCGAGCCGAUGUUUUAAACAAUGAUAAUAACUUCCAUGUGGACCGCAGUGGAGACAAUUCUCCUGGUCUAAGUCAUGGUGCAGAUAAACAAAAUGAAGCAAAUGCUUCCAUAUCUGCAGAUCACCCUAGAGGAAGGAAAAGAUCCAGGUCUUCAUCAGCAGAAACUUGCCUCAGUCAUGUAGAAUCUAGUUCUUCUACUAGGAGGCCUAGUAAAAAGAUGUUGAUGCCAUAAGUACAUCAGCAUCCAACCAAUUGUAUGAUGGUUUAAUGAAUGAAAUGCUGGGGCAAGAAGACAACCAGUUAGAGGACCCAGACCAAGAUGUCUGGUCUGACCUCAUCAAAGAGUAUAACGAUGAGGACUCCUUUGGCACAGAAGUAGCUCCACCUUUAGCAUCUAUGGCUAAACUCAUGUGGUCGAAGAAACUUACCAAUGAAAAAUUGAAAGGCAGACUAGAAAAAGUCCAAAUUCCCACGAAUUUCCGUUUUUUGUCUGUAAAGAGCUGCAAUAAACCUAUAUGGGCCAAGGCAGACAGCAAAAGAUCAAAUGAUCUGGUAUUGCAGAAACUGCAAACCACUGUUUCGAAAAGCCAAGUGCAUAUCUUACAAUUGGCAGACCAAAUUAUUAAGGCACCCAAACAAGGAAACCUUAUUGUAAUAGAACCAUCCAUUUUAUUAAAUUUGGCUAAAGAUGCUCUUUGUCUAAUCGGUAACGCCAACCAGCAGCUAAAUCAGUAUCGAAGAGUCGGAUUAAUCGGUGCAAUGCCUCACCUAAAAGGAUUGGCAAAGGAUGUGUCUGAAGAAGACUUGUUGCUGUUUGGAGAUGAUUUGGACAAAAGAAUCCAAUCAUUGCAAGAUGAGGAGAAAACUAGUAAAGUGCUCUCACGACCAUCUACACCAUAUUCAAAAAAUAAUUUUAAAAAGUACAAACAGCCAUCCUCCAGUUAUUCCUCCUCUGCAAAGUAUAACCAGUCAAAAAACGAGAAGACCUUCUCAAAAGAUCGAAACCACUCCCUGAGAAGGUACACUCAAACCCUGAAGUACAAAGGGUACAAAGGGAGAAAACAAUGAUUAUUGUUUCUACCGGGAACAAAAAGACAACAUCCUCUACACCAAACCUUGUCGCUGCUCAUGCUGCCUGUCUCCGGGAAUCGUUACAAGGUAAAGAGCUUCCAUCAGACACUGUCGAUAUCAUUGCAGCAUCAUGGAG